AAUUUUAGGUUUGAUUUCUAGUUUCUGAAUUUGAAAGAAAAUGGGCGGCAAAGGUGAAGUAGGUGAUCAGAAGAUCCGUGCUACACAAGAUCAGUUACGGCUUGCCAGAUUAACGCAAGAUUUGUCUAUAACAGAUGACGAUCGUGCGAACAUACAGAAGCUUGUGAAAAAGGUAGUGGAGACGACACGAUGUACCGUAAGUCAGGCGGAAAUUGCUCUUUAUGAUAAUAAUAAUGACGUCCAAGAAGCAGUAAAUGCCAUUUUGGAGGACAAUUAUCCAGAUGAAAAUGUCUGGAAAGAACAGAAAAGCAGACGAGCAAAACGAGCUGAAGCUGAGGAAUUAAAGCAUGAAGAAUCGAAUUCUCAUAGGAACCGAAUUAACAGCACGAGAUCAUCGAAUAAUUUCGGAUAUGGGCGAGGACGAGGAGUAGAACGAGGACGUAGUGGUUAUCGAGGUGGACGUGGUGGCGGUCGAGGUUCAUAUCGAGGUGGACAUCAGUACUCAUCAUCUCAAGGACAGCUUGGCGGCAAUAUAGCAAGUAACGUUUGGGAUAAUUCACAGGCAUUGAAGGUGGACUCUAGUAAGGAAUGGACAAAUGCAAGCGCAGUUGCUGUUGACGAUAGCGCUGAGGAUACGGAAUGGAAGCAGCACGGCACAUUGGUAUUUUCACGAAGUACAACACCACCAGCCACUAUAACACCUGUGGUGAACACAGCCGCUGGGAUGAGCUCGAUACCCCCAACUUCUGGACCAGUAUCGUUUGCUGCUGUUGCAGCUGCUGGAACUAAUAAAGCGAAGGAAAAUGCGUUGAAAAAUUCUCUAGGUCGAUCUGGAACAGGUGCACCAUCAGCGUUGGGACAAUCACAACUUGAGAAUGUGAAUUCGCUUUACCAGAACAGUGGACUUGUUUCAACGAAUGGUCAAUUAGCAGCUCCUUCGGAAGAAACAGAUAAAGGACGUGAGGCUCGAACAUCACCCUUAGCUGGGCAUGAUGCAUCUGCAUCAACGAAUCCUGUCUCGGGGACAGCAAUGCAUGCAGCAGGCGCAUCACAACAAUCUCGAACGAAUGCAUCUGUUACUACCGUAACGAAUACGUCAGCGGAUUGGACUGCACAACUGAAAAAUGAUCUUGGAAUUGGUACUGCUGCUUCUGCUACGAAAUCUAAUUCAAACCAAUCAGGUUUAAUGUCUAAGUCGUCUUUGCAAAAUGCUAAAGCGGGUCAAGUUCCGCGAGCAACAUCUCGACAUACCACCCAUUCAAGUACUGUGGAGUUCGUGUCCGGCGAAGCAAAUGGCCCAACCUUGCCUGAGUAUCAAUUCGGUUUUCACGUUGACUCAGCAACGGGAAGUGAUGAGCAUAAUGAUGAUGUCUACGGUGCAUCGGCUAAAUCCCGGUCCUUGAAUAACCAGACUGCCAAGACUGAAAUGAACUCGGAUUCGUCAUCAACCAUGCUUUCAAACGGCCCAGUGGGUGAUUAUUCUUCAUCGAUGAAUUCACAACAGCCGAAGAUAUCAGCCGGCAACAAUAGCGUUCCUAUUCCUCAAUCUUCACCUGCAGUGCAUCAAGCAAACACAAUUCAGCGUCAGCCCGUUACAUCCGGACUAUCAUAUGCUGAUACGUCGAGUAUGUCGUAUCCGUCAUCUGAUAAUCGGAAUACGGCAAAGUUACCACUCUCACUACAUCAUCAGCAGCAAACACCACAUACACUUUAUACUACCACGCAGUUGCCGUACGCCAACUAUCCGUACCUAAAUAUGUACAGUCCAAUGGCAGGAGUACGACAAGAUGAGUAUGCUGCAGCAUUGGUGCAGUAUCCGUUUGGUGUUGGACAAUUUGAUAUGAACUCGCUGUCAACAAUGUUACCUCCAGCAGCAGCUAUUGCUUCUCAACAGCAGCAAAAUCAGCCGCCACCUCCAGUUCAGUCGCAGCAUCAACAGCGACCGGACCAGCAUCCCAGCAUUGUUGAUCUAUCUAAAGCUUAUUUGGCGACGGCUGCGGCUGCUGCAGCAAACAGCACAAUAGGAAGCGGAACUGGCUCUGGUAUACUGGGUAAUCAACAACAGCGUGAUUCAACUGCAGUGAACAGUUCUGCGGUCGCUCCACCUCCGGGUUUCAGUGGUCCACCAGCUGCUGCCUUUACACUUCCUCAGCACAAUCACAUCAAUUCGAUAUUUCAAGUACCACCGGCUGCUUAUCAUCCGCAAAUCAAUCAGCUGCCCUUCUCAUUUAUGUUGCCGAAUGUUACUAAUGGACAACACAAACUAAAUCACCAGAUGUUUGCGCAACAAAGUGUUGAAGAUUCCCUUUCUGAUCAGCGUCUUUCCUCUCAACAGCAGAAGGUCUAUCAGGGUCAUCAGCAGCUAGAUAAGUACGGAAGUUCGACUAAUGCGAAGGAUCGUCUAGGAGGGGGUGCACAAGCAACGCCGCCACCGCAAGUAUAUCAAACACAAGGAUACAUGUCACAGCAGAUGCCAUUGCACGGUCACAAAAAAGCAUACGGCGGCGGACCGCAACAUUGGAGUGCAUCGUAGAUUACUGUUUAUUGUAAAAGGGGAAGAAAAAUGAAACUGGAAGGAUUAACUGUCGCCUCACUGUCAGUGCUAGCAAUUAUCGUGUUCAUGCAAUAUGAAUACAUACGAGCGUAUGAGUGUAUCUGUCUGUCUGUUUGUAUGUGUGAAGCGCGUCUUAUGCUAAGCAUGACACAUAUUUCAUCCUCCUCUAAACCGUUAAUUGUAUCUUAUACAUUAUUAAGUUUCCUUUCCCGUUGCAUUCAUUAGAGUUUGUGAGA